GGAACGAAUAGCGAAAUAAGUCUUGUGGGAUAUUAUGUAGCCUGAAGCCUGCUUUACUGCCUGCAGCUGUUGCAUGGAGAGAAGCGCGCGGCCGCGUCGGACCUGGAACAGCGCCAGCAAAAUCCAGCUUCCUCCCAGUUCCUCAAACGGUACAGCUGUUUAUAAAGGCAGAGCAAGACGUAGCGGAGCCGUGAAUAACAAGACAGAACGUUUGGUAAACACUCAGGACGAGGGGGAAAAAGAUCAAAUCUCUGUUUGUCUAAACGACAACAUUUUAGGGAUGAAGUCUUUUCUAGGAGUGGUCAUGGCGCUCGUGCUUGUGACAGCACAGGGGAGAAAACCAAAUCACGGCAACUGCGUUGAUCAGUACUGCGUUACUGUGCAUACAGAGGCUGUGGAUUUUAAUUCAGCACAAAAGUCCUGUGAUGAUAAAGGAGGUCAUUUAGUCACUGUCCGAACCAUGGCGGUAAACAGUGUCAUUUCAGAUCUGUUAACUGGAUAUACUGGAAACUUCUGGAUGGGUUUAAGGUACAUGAAGGACUUCUGUGCAGAAUCAACUCAGGAUCUGAAAGGAUACACGUGGAUAACUGGAGAUGAAGCAACUAGUUUCACAAACUGGAAAAACCAGGAACGGAUCUGCUCUCAGAGAUGUGUAUCACUAUCUAAAGAUGAUCCAAAAUGGACAGAACGAUACUGUAAUCAUACAAUUGAAGGAUAUUUGUGUGAGUACAAUAACAUCCAAAAGUGUAGACAACUUUUGUCACAGGUUCUGUAUGAAACUCCUUUUGGAUUUGCCAGAGAGGAUCUACAAGAAGUGCCCCAUGGUAGCAAUGCAACAAACAAACAUCUGGGAACAAAAUACAUUUGUUUUGAAGGCACUUGGAUGAAAGCACCUUGGAACUGUGAAGUUUAUAAAGGAGGCUGUGAACAUGGCUGCAGGAAGUGGAAUGAAACAUUUAUUUGCACUUGCCCUCCAGGCUAUAAACUUGAAAGUAAUGAAGUCCGUUGUAGCAAGGUACAGAAUGACCCAAGCAAAUUGUUCUCAAGAUGUCUGCAAGCAAAUUGUUCUCAAGAAUGUGUAGUGAAGGGAAAGAAUUAUGUUUGUCAAUGUCGUAAUGGAUAUGAACUUGGUGAGGAUGGAAAGACCUGCAAAGAUAUUGACAAGUGUUCUAAUAAAAUACUGUGUCCAGAUGAAAAUUCCUACUGUAUCAACACUACUGGUGGUUUUGAGUGUCUCUGUAAGAAUGGCUUUACAAAGGAAAACGACACAUGCAAAGAUGAUAACGAAUGUUCUUCUGCACCUUGUGAACACACAUGCAAUAACACCAUAGGUAGUUAUCAUUGUGAAUGCUUCAAGGGAUACAAAGUGUCAUCAGAAAACAGACACAAAUGUACACUUUAUUGUCCACAAUGGGAAUGUCCAGCUAUAGAGUGUGACCUUCACAAACCUUUUCAAUGUAGCUGUCCUAAUGGCUUCAUUCUAGAAGAACAGCUUAAUGGUAACGUUUGCACUGAUAUAAAUGAGUGUGAUGCACAAGUAUGUGACCAAAAUUGCAAAAAUAUUCCUGGAGGCUUUAACUGUUCUUGUGAGGAAGGAUUUCGUCUCGUUGGUCAAACAGAAUGUGUCAAGACAGAAGAAUUAAGCACGACACCAUCUAUUGGCACCAUCAGACCUACAAGCAGGUCUCCCCCUUCGUUCAUCUCAGUUGGAGGUAUUCUUGGAAUAAUUCUGUGCACUCUCAUGUUAAUUCUGCUGAUGGUCUGCGUCAUUCAUCACUGUAUGACGCGCUGCGGGAAAAUUACUACAGACAAAAGCCACAGCAAAGAUGUGCAUGCUUUGCAGCAAGUCACUACAGAAAAAUAUGUCAAAAAACAAUCUAUCACAAAUGUUAAUUACAAUUAAAAUUGAAAUGAGGAAUUAUAUUAUACUAGUAAGUUUAUACAAAUACUUACAGAGUUAGAGUUAGGAAUUUCAGAAAUACACUAGGACUUUUUUAAGUAAAAAAAAAGGAAAAAGGAAUAUUACUCAUCUCAUCUCAUCUCAUUAUCUCUAGCCGCUUUAUCCUUCUACAGGGUCGCAGGCAAGCUGGAGCCUAUCCCAGCUGACUACGGGCGAAAG